AUGAGUGAAAGGUAUGAAGGGGAUUGGGUGGAUGAAAAGUAUGAGGGUUUUGGGGUGAAGACAUGGACAAGAGGGAGCAGGUAUAAAGGGCAGUUUAAGAUGGGAUUGAGGCACGGUUGCAGGGUUUAUAAAUUCUACACUGGGAAUGUUUAUGCCGGGGAGUGGUUGAGUAGGCAGAGCCAUGGCUGUGGAGUUCAUACUUGUGAUGAUGGGAGCAAGUAUGUUGGGGAGUACAAGUGGAGGAUUAAGCAUGGUCGUGGAUACUACCAUUUCAGUUUCUAUGGCUGGCGGGAAGAAAACUCUGGCUGGCUCAUCCAAGGAAGUGAUGAGGAUGGUGAGGACUCGUCGGCGACUCCUUCGGCGAGCCAGGACCGUGAGGUUACCGGGAAGGCAGUGGUCCGGCCGACGGGGUUGAUCAAGGUUGUCAGCAACCCUAAAAAAAGAAAACGUGACUCCGGGAAGACGCUUUCGGUCAUGGAGAAAAACUUUGAUGCUGGGGGUUUUAUUGAGUCCCAAUUGCUCCCCGACACCGAUGAGUUUUUCCGUGAUGCCGAUCUUUCCGGGCAGGCAAGGUGGAUCUAUCGCAGCCUUCUUCGAGCGGCAACUAUUGCGAAGAAGGUGGAGCCUAUUUUGGAAAAUUAUCACAACAUGGAGGUGAAGCUUCAGGACUCCCAAAAGGAUUUGACAGAUUCAAGGUCUCGGGAGGAGUCUUUGAAGACGAAGCUAUCCGAGCUAGAGGAGAAGUCCAAGGAGUAUGCCGAGGAAGCAAAUAGGUUGGUGGAGUGGGAUAUUGCUUUGAUGAAGGACUUAAACACCUCUCGUGGUGAGGCUGCCGCAGCUAAGAAGAAGGUUGAGGAGCUGGAGGGAAAACUUAAGUUAGCAGAAAGCUCGACAGAGGCUGCCCGUAAGGAUAUGGUUGCUUUGGAGAAGAAAAACAGGAAACUUGCACAGGGGGCUCGGGAGGCCGUAAAGUUGACCGAAGAAGGGAUUAAGCUUCAGGUAGCUGUGCUGGCUCCCGAUCUCAAUCUUUCCCAAGUUGGAGCUUUCAAGACUGUCGAGAAUGGGAAGAUCGUUGAUAUCUUGAAGUCCUGA